AUCCACAACAGGAAACGGGGGAAGCGUCCUUGGAGAUGUUGUUAGUGUUGUAACUUUCGCAUUUUUCUCGCCUCUGCGUACACAAUAUGUCUGUGUCAAACAACUGACAGCUAAUCUAUACUGCCAGAGAGGCUAAUGAGAAAACGUAAAGUUUGGAAGUCAUCCGGGUUUGGCAUUUACCCUGCGUCUCUGCAGUAACCAUGACUGCAGCUGCUCUCAUAGGAGACCAGCUGAUCCUUGAAGAGGACUACGAUGAGACAUAUAUACCCUCUGAACAAGAGAUCCAAGAGUACGCAAGAGAGAUUGGCAUUGAUCCCGACAGUGAGCCGGAGCUCCUGUGGCUGGCCAGGGAAGGCAUCGUUGCCCCUCUGCCUCCCGAGUGGAAGCCUUGUCAGGAUGUAACGGGGGACAUCUACUAUUUCAACUUCUCCUCGGGCCAGUCAACCUGGGAUCACCCCUGCGACGAGCACUACCGCAGCCUGGUGGCCCAGGAACGUGAGCGCGCCCAGCUCACUGCUGCUGCAGGAGGCACAGGGGCAAAGAAGGACAAAGACAAGAAGAAGAAGAAAGAAAAGAAGGAGAAGAAAGAGAAGAAGAAAAAAGAGCCACUCAAGACUCCUGGAGCACUGAGUUCAGCCUUGGGACCACUAGCAUCCCCGCUGGGCAGCCUGGCUCCUCUGAGAGGUCUAGAUGCCCCAGGCCCCGGCCCACUCCCUGGUUCUGCUCCCGCUCUCCGGCGUUCCCUUGGCAGCUCUGGGGGACUGGAGCCCCUAAAAACCCCCCUUGGGGGCCCUCGGAGCAGUGGAGCAUCUAGUGUUUUGGGCAGUAGGCAGGAGGAGAGGGUGUCUCUAUCUCUGCCUGGCUUUGAUGAUGAUGAUGGUGACAAUGAGAAAAUCUCAGAAAACGAGCCGAGUCCCCGUUGUUCAGAUCGAUUAUUGAAGAACCUUCAUCUGGACCUGGAUGCCCUUGGAGGAGGCUUACAGUAUGAGGACAGUGAAGCCAGUGGUGGAGCUCCAGCUGAGGAGAGGACAGAGCCAGAGUUGCAGGACUUGGCCCUGUCUGGAGACCACAGCCCCGAACCACCAUCCCAACAGGACUCUUUGAGGGGCCGCCACUUCCACCUGUCCUCGCUGGUGGGCAGCAGAAAGCAUGUCAGUGUGAAGAGCGCCAGUCCCAUCAGCCCUGAACCUGAAGAGGAGGUAGCAGAGGAGUUAAAUGAGGUGGUAGAGGAGGAGCAGGAGGGAGAGUGUUGGAACACAAGGAUGUUCAGAGGUGAGGUGGGAAGUGACCAGGAGGGAGGAGAGCUGGAAGAUGAAGAUGUUCAGGGAGAGAAGGGAGGGGAUGAAGGAGGAGUGGAAGCAGAAGAGGUAAGGACGGAGGAGAAGGGUGAGGUGGGAAAUGAGCAGGAUGGAGGAGAGCUGGAAGAAGAGGAUCUUCAGGGAGAGAAGGGAGGGGAUGAAGGAGGAGAGGAAGCAGAAGAGGGAAGGACGGAGGAGAAGGGUGAGGUGGGAAAUGAGCAGGAUGGAGGAGAGCUGGAAGAAGAGGAUCUUCAGGGAGAGAAGGGAGGGGAUGAAGGAGGAGAGGAAGCAGAAGAGGGAGUGAUGGAGGAGAACGCAGAGAUGGGAAAUGAGCAGGAAGAGGGAGAGGCACAGGGUGAGGAAGCAGAUGAGACAAAAAGCAAAGAAGAGGGGGGUGAGAUGGAGGAAGAGCAGGGAGGAAUUAAAGGGUUGAUAGAAAGCAAGAAAGAAGAGGAGGAGGUAGAGAGCGACGAGGUAGAGGAGGAAUGCUGUACAGGUGAUGAUGAAGAGAAAGAUGAAGGGGGUGGUGGAGUGUCAGAAAACAUGGAACAUGUUGAGAAGCAGGAGAGCACUGAAAGAGAGGAAAAUGGCAGUGAUGAGGAAGUAGAAAGCAGCCAGCAGGAUGAGACCAAAGACAGAGAAGAGAAAGUGGAGAGUGAUGAGGCUGCGGAGAGUUUAAUGGAGGAGAAAGAAGAGGUGAACGAGAAGGCGCAAGUAGAAGAGGGGAAACAGGACUUUGAGGAAGGUAGCGAGGAAGUUGUGGAGAAAUGCUUCCAAAGUGAUCAAGAUGAAGGGAGCGAGGAGGAAGACAAAAAUGACAAAGAAAGAGAUGAGCUUGAGAGAAGCAUAGACGACGAUGAAGAAGAAGAGCAGAAUGAGAGUGACGAAGAGGAGGUAGAGAUAAAUAUCGAAAGAGAGCAAGAGAAGGAACAAGCAGAGGAGGAGGAGGAAGAGGAGGGUGAGAGCGAGGAGGCUUUGGAGAGAUGCUCCCUGAGCCAAAGGAGACUGACAGAGAGUGAUGAGGAAGUGUUAGAGAGAUGUGUACAGAGCGAAGGAGGAGAAACGGAGGAAUCAGAUGCCCAGAACCCCCGAACUGCAUCAGACAGUGAGGAGGAACUCGUCGAGGUUUUUGAGACUGGGGCCAAGCUAGGCAAGAGGACGAUGCUGCGUGACCUUAAAACGCUUGACCAAAAGAGAAACACUCUUGAAAAGAGGAAGAAUGUGACAAAAAAAUGUCCCCUUCCUGCAGAGGAGUCGGAGGGCAGUAAGAACAUUGAGGAGAGUUCUUCCUCCAUAGAUGUCAAGCUGUCGGAGAAGGUUCUGGACGUCAACGACCUUUCCGGCACUGUCAGCCCACUAAAGAAAGAUGACAAAGAGGGAACAAAAGAAGAAGAGGAGAAUGAGGACGGGGCAAAGACAAAGAAGGCAGAGGCUGCCAAGAGACAUUUGCAGGCUGCUGGCAAAGACAAACCUCCAGCUCCGAAAGUUGACCGACUCGUCCUUCACCAGUCCAGCCCUUCUCCCUCCCUCUCCAGCCCGUCCCACUCAGAGCAAGGUGCCAGACUCCAACUAAAAACCGAAGAUCUCGGCAUGUUGCUGGGGCUACAGAGGCCAGAAACCUCCAGAGGCCGGCUGGUCCGCGCUGCCAACACCCAUCUCGAAGAUGCUGAAUCCCCUUAAAACCAAGAGAGCUCUCUGGAAGAUGAGCCAAGCUGGAGAAUCCGAAAAGACGGAGAGAAGAAAGAGAGUGAGAGAGAAGAGCGGGAAGAGAGGAAGAGGGCAGAGAGAGAAGAACGGAGUCUGAGAGAGAGGAAGGAGGAGAUGGAAAUGGAGAGGAGGAAGGCUGAUCGAGAGGUGGAGGAGGAGAGGGAGCGUCUGGUGAAGGAGAAGGAGAAGAGAAUGCGUCUCCUGCGGGAGGAGCUGAGGAGAGAAGAGGAGGAGGAGGAGAGGAAGCUGAAGGAGGAGAGCGAGGAAAGACUGAGGGCUCUGCGGCAGCGUCUCCUGACGAAAAGGAGAGAGGAAGAGGCCAGGCUGAACGAGGAGUCUGAUAGGACGCUGGAGGAACUCAAAGAGUCUGCCCAGGGGGAGAGGGAGAGGAAGCAAAACAAACUCAGGGAGGAGAGUGAAAUCAUGCUGAAGGAGUUACGCAUCACUCUCGAGGAAGAACGAGUAGCGGAGCGCGACAGACUGGAGGCCCAGAAGAGGCAGGACAUCGAACGUGUGAAAGCCGAGUUGGAAGAGGAGCUGCAAGCCGAGAAGAGGAGACUCCACGGAGAGAGGGAGGAGAAGCUGAAUUCUCUGAAACAGGAGGCCAAAGUCACAGAGAGGAGGAAGGAGCUCAUAAGUCCACGACCUGAACACCAACUGGCAGAGUACCACCGAGAGCUGGCUGAUGUUCUUCAGGAAGUGCGGGAGGAAGUGCAGCGCGAUCACGAGAGGAAGCUGGACCAGCUGAAGGAGGACCACAGGAGGGAGAUGAACAACAUCAGAGAGAAAUACCUGGACGAGGAGACUGCACAGAGGGAGCGCUUGCUUUCUACUCUGCAGGAGGACAGAGAGCGUCUCCAGGCCUCGCAUGCCGUCCAACUGGAGAAACUCCGCUUUCAGCUCGACACACAGAUACAAAAGACACAGCUGACACACUCCCGCAAGGAGUCAGAACUGCAGGAUCUCGCAGAUCAGAUAGAGCUGAGAGCCAAAGAGCUGAAGAGCCAGGAGGCCAUACUCCAGACCAAGGCAGCAGAUCUGAAGAGGAGGAGGAAGAAACUUGGGGAGGAAGAGGACGAAGUGGACAGACAGUUAGAGGUUUUACCCCGGCUGAUCCAGGAGAGGGAUCAGCUAAAGGAGGAGUUGGAGAGGAUGAGAGAGGAGAAGCAUCAAGCCAGAGAACUAAUCCAGAGAGCGAGGGAGGAGAGGAGUGAGGCCAAGGAGGAGGGGGAAAGGCUGAGAGAGGAGAGAGACGAAGCCAGGGAAGAGAGCAGGAGAGCCAAGGAGGGCAAGGAACGACUGGAGAGCAAGGUGGCGCUGCUGCAGGAGAGAUGCGACCGUCUCAGUUGCAGAAUCAGUGAGCUGGAACAAGGCGAAGAAGUGAGUGCCUCCCCCAGACCAGAAACUAAACAGGAGAAAAAGAGGACAGUGAAAGCAGAGGUGACGGCCCCCUCCAGUGACAGGAAAGACUUACCGCUACAUGUAGAAGACCUGGAUGACCCCCCACUCUCCCCUGUACCUGACAGCCACAGCAGCAUGGAUGAGUUCCGACGCUACAUCUCCUCACAUGGCGCAUCCAUCCAAAAAACCAAAGUCUUUCUGGAGAAGGAGAGCAGUCGGCUGAUGGAGAGGCAGGCAGCUCUGUGGGCGGCUCAGACAAGCUCCUCCCAGGUCCCCAGCCUUGAAGGAGGGGUGACCGAGGAGAUGAUCAGAAACAUCCAGGAGGAGGCCAGAAAUGUGGUGGAGCUGCAGCGGGCGGUUCAGAGAGGAAACACUCUCCUGCGGAGGAAAGAGGAGCAGCUGCAGCAGCUAGAGAGCUCUAUAGCUGAAGAGCCGCUGUUUGAGGAUCUGUCCCGGCUGGCAAGAGAAAGGAAGGUGACCUUUGAUGUGACUGAGUCUGACCUCAGCAGCACUGCGGAGCCACCAGAUGGGACAGGGGGUCAUCCCACUGUCCCAGACAAAGUCCAGGAGCUAGCAGAGUCCCUGCAGCAGAUCUCAGGCCAGCUUAACACCGUCCUGAGUGCGUUGGGUUCACUGGCCCAGAGGCAGAGCACCGAAGCCUAUGCAGCCUUCAAUCUGCCUCACUCCAGCCAAGCUCCCACCUCCGCCACCUCCACCUCUGCCCCAGUCAUGCCCCAGAUGCACACCCUGGGUCCCAGCUCCUCAGCCCCACCUCCCCCAGUGAGGCUCUCAGAGCCAUCCUGGAACUGGGCACCCCAAGGCACCUCCGCAGCCACUCCUUUCUUCAGUACCCCCAUCAGCAAUGGGCUGAGGGCCUCUGAGGACCUCAUCAACAGCCGAUGGAGCCAGAUAUUCCCCAGAGCAGCUAUGGACCCAAUCGCCACCAGCACCAUGAGGACAAGCUCAGCUUACUCAUCAUACAGUACUGCUAGUGAACAUGGUCGCAGCCUGCGGUCCAUGCAGAAGUCAGUGGAGGUAGACGGCCAGAGGCUGCAGGGGCUGAUCGACGGCAACAAGAGGUGGCUGGAGAUGCGCAAGAAAGACACCAGCAUACCUCUGUUCACUCGCUACCAGGCUCCUCCAACAAAGAGCAACCUGGUCCAGCUGGGCCUGGACGAUAACAACCAGAUCAGAGUCUAUCAUUACUGAGGACAUGACGCACAGUUCAGUCUUGCUGUAUCGUGACUGAGUCAGAGGACUUUGCAUUAUUAAUGACCGUGUUGUGACGUUUACACACAGGGCCUCAUGUGAGAGUCCUGCGCCCUUCUUUGAUUCAUACUUUUUUCAAGCCUUCAGUGCAAAGGUUUUCAGGGAAAGUCCGACCUCCUCUGCUGUGAUUGGAGGAAGAGAUGACUGCACAGGACAUGGCAGUUCAGGGUUCAUUGAGGCCUGAGGACUUUCCUCCUCCAACAUAAGAUAUAACUGUGAGCAACAGGAGACUUAUUUCAAGCACUUCAAGGUCAAGUUUACAGACUAGAGCUCUGUGCCAGACUUGGGCCACACUGUUUUUUUUAAAUGGUCAAGUUUACUUGGAUGGGAAAGGGCUGCUUCAUACAGAUAAUCACAGAGAAGUAUCCAAAGGUUUAAAUAUUGUAAUUACUUUUUUUCUUUUACUGAAAACUUCCCAGACAUGUGACUUGAAUCCAUUUGCUGCUGCAGGCAGGGCGUAACACGGUGCUUUACAGCUGCACAUAGGUCAAGCUUUAUUUCAUGACAGGUUACAUGUGUAUUUAUGCCACUGGCUGUGUAAGUGACUUGUGUGUGAACUGUGUUUUUACAUAAUUCAGUUUGGUUUUGCUUUGAGUGAGUAGAGUGAGAAUCACUGAUUUUGUAAAAGUGAAGUCAAUCCACUUAUUUUACAUCACUUUUCCUUAUUCCACAGCAGUUGGCAGCGAGCUGUUGAUUAGUGUGUGAACUUUUAACAUGUGCAGCAAAGAGGAA